CUCUCUGUGGGUUUAAGAGCAAAAGCGCGCGGCACUCCUUCCGCACCCUUCUUCGCUGGCUGUGCGGAACAGCCAGCGGAGAGAGGGUGCGGGGAACAGUGCUGUUUCCCCGUCGUGGUGUCGUCCAGCACGUGUGGUUACCGCGAUCGAGUUACCCCGCAGAGAACCCGGACGAAUUAGGGGGGUCUACUGCUGACGCGAAGCAUUUGCGCAAGCUUGAGGGGCAUCGCAACACACCGUGGACCUCAAAUCGCAGUUUCGACAUUCGGGCGACAUUCGCACACGACCGCAUCAAAAUGGACCCAGAAACCUUCCCGACGUCUCCCUUCACGGGCGUCCGCCUGCGCUGGUAUCAGCCGAACACUGGAGACAAUGUUCCCAGCGGCACGGGGGACUUGCGAUUGGACGGGAAAAUGCUGCUGGAGCUGGAAUUUCGUUGGGGAAAGAUCGCGCGGGCAACUUUCAUUUUCGCCGAGGGCGUGAACAAGGAAAAUGGGGAGCGUGUGUAUGCGCCAGUGCGCUACGAAUUUGCUGGGGGAUCUGACGCGAGCACAUUUGAUCGCGUGUUCGAGUAUCAAACGUUACUAGAAACCAACGCUGCAAAGAACGUCAUGCUGUUGAUGAAAAUUAAAAUGUGCGGACGCAAAAUGACGCAAAGAUGAAGGCAAGGAAACGACCGAGGGGCCAUUUUUUUGGUACCUGUCCAAAGAGUUUUUCCCCCGACUUAUGUCCAACACGACUCGAGUUUUGGAAAAGAGCAUCUCGCUUUUGCCAUUUGCGCUGCUAGUUUGCAUAUUAUAUACAAAUUGAAAUUGUCAUGACAAUGUGGUGCGGCAACUGUUUCUAGACGAUACCGCACGCGGAGUGUUCAAACUUCCGGAAAAUUUGGAGUUCUCCGAAGAGUCGUCCGUGCCGGAGUUCCUUCGCUUGAUCAAGCCCGCAACAUUCUUAACAGCCGAGCCCAGUCUGGGCACGGCUUCUGGCGGAGACCAUAUCUACGGUUGAACGGACGAGCUGCGUUCGACUACAAGUGGUGCAAUCACUCGACGACGCCAAUAUUAAAGCGGUGGCACAUGAUGCUGUAGCUUCGUGUUGAAUUAUUAGUGGCGCGCUGAGGUAGAAUUUCAAUUUAUUUUAUCGUGACAGGUGGACCACCCUGGUGUAGUCACUACCACUAGCCAGGUCUGUCCUACUUGUGUUGCAAGAAAGACAGCUCAACGAAUUGCAGUCCUCGGCAACAAAAGUGGGUGUAAUAAACUAUGAGAUUUGAUUGUGGUUACACUAACGACACCUGCCACAUCUCCAAAUUUAUAUUUUGCCUGAACUAAGUUUAAGUACCCUGAUAGUACGGGGAACGAUAUAUUACUUCUCUUCUUAUCACUACAGUGAUUUACACAACUGGAAUCCUCAAACGAAAAACCAACCGAAGGGAAGAUUGUUUUGGCGUAUCUAAGAACAAACGAGGGUGUUUUUGCGUAUCGUAUCGCUUUAGUCACUUCCCUUCCGGUGGAUUUUUUAUUUUACGCUUGAACGAGAUGCAAUUGCUUUGCGAAGGCGAGAAAGCCAAAGAUAGUUUAGAAAUGCGAAUUAGACAAGGGCUCAAAAGCAGCUGUAGCUAGGGGAGGAAGGUAUGAAGAAAAGCAAAAGUUUAUUUUUAUCAUCUCGCGGGCCGUUUAUCAUCUUCACUGGAACAAAAGAAACGUGCUCUUUCAAAAACCUAUUCGAGCACAACGUGUACGAUGCGAAUGCAAAAAAUCUGGGAUAUUCUUCAAGUACCACACGCAAACACUUCUUGUAGAGGAG